AUGAAUCGGCUCGGCCUCCUCGUCCUGCUGACCGUGGCCGGGCUGGCACUUGGGACAUGGGACAACUGUGGAGGGACCUGCGGGCUCCGGGCUGUGCUGUCUGUCUACCGCCCCAUGAGUAAUUACUACCACAACCUGGCUUAUGGCACGACACGCAUUGUGGGUGGUGCAGAUGCCCUGCCAGGGGCCUGGCCCUGGAUUGUCACCAUCCAGCAUCCCAGGAUACCACAACUGAGGCAUCUGUGUGGAGGGUCUCUCAUCAGCCCUCAGUGGGUCCUCACAGCAGCCCACUGCUUCGACUACCUCAGAAAAAUUGGCAUGGUGUAUGUGAGGAUUGGGACCACUCAGUUGACUAAACCAGGACCUGGAGCACAACUGCGCAGAAUUAAGAAGUUAGUGCGUCAUGAACACUAUAAUAAAAAUGACAAAAGUAAUGACAUUGCCUUGCUACAACUGAGCAGGCCUGUCGACUGCAACCCCUACACACAGCUGGCCUGUGUGGCGGACCCCACCCUAAUUGUCUCAGAGCUGCAGAACUGCUGGGUGGCUGGCUGGGGUGCCACCACUGCAAGAUCUCAAGAUUAUAGUGAUCGCCUGCAGGAGGCCAAGGUCCAGCUCAUCGAUGUCAAGCUCUGCAACAGCAGCCGCUGGUAUGCAGGGGAAAUCCACACCCACAACUUGUGUGCUGGUUACCCAGAGGGCACCAUCGACACCUGCCAGGGUGACAGCGGUGGUCCUCUCAUGUGCCAAGAGGAAAACAGUGACUACUGGUGGGUCGUCGGAAUAACCAGCUGGGGAAUAGGCUGUGCCAGGGCAAGAAGGCCUGGAGUCUACACCUCCACUCAGUAUUUCUAUGACUGGAUCAUAUUCCAGAUGAGUCUGAGCCCUGAUGGAAGUUCCUUUCCAACAUCACGGGCAUGUAGUCAUUUUUUGACCGCUUCACACCUCUGGAGUCAUUAUAUUUUCACCUCACACCCCCCUGAGAAGGCAUGGCGAAGACAAACCCCCUAUCUGAAAUCAACAACUUUCGGUGAAGUUAACUCCUGCCCAUUUCUCAUCAAGAUUCUGGUGGAAUUCUUUACUCAAGUGAAGGAACUCUUCCAGCUGAUCUUUGGGCAAAACACAUCUUGA